ACUCGUACGAUACAGUUGAUCCGUGGUCAUCCAGCAGGAUAGAAGGACCAUUUUCAAAACGCGCGUAGCCGAUCAUCUUCACCGCGUUAAUUCUCUUCCCUUUCUUCCCGAGGGCGGACGCGACGACAUCAAAACGUGUCGAAGUAGACUUCGUCUCGAAGUUACCAUGAGCUUAAAAAUAUCGCACCAUCAGGAUUCUCUGACGGACAAGUCGGAAAUAAAGAUGCAAAUAUAACGGAGUCUUGUUCGGGCCGACGAGUAACGUGAUUAACGAGGAUACUGUUGUUUAAAUGCAGAAAAACGGCAGAUUAUAACUAUAAAUACGCAAGUUCAUAAAGAAUUGAUGAUAUUUUUAGCAAUGUCACGAGCAUCCUGACAGAAGAUUGCUAUUUUGUUUACUCAACGACCCGUUUUGUGAGUUUUUUGUCUGUCGGCAAAUCAAGAAGAUCGACUGCAGGAAAAAGACAGAAUUUAGGCUGACCCUGACAAUCGAUUCCAAGGAGCCUUCUAAAUCGCCGAUUAUAUGGAUUCAGUGAAUCUCGCCCAAAUUUUCUGUAAACGUUAAAUACAUCUUUCUUGUGAACAUUUAUGAGAUAAACAUGCGGAGCAAAAUGCACCUACCGUGUAUAACUUUGCUCCUAUUGUUUGCAACCUGUGUAUACACCGAAGAAGUAUCUACCGAUGCUCCGAGCAAUGCCGCAGAGGAGCCGAUCCUUCGAGUACGAAGCUUACCAACGACGACCAAUGUGAUCGAAAAAAAUUGGACCAGCCUGUCAGAGAUGCUGGAUAUUUUUAGUGCGCGUAAUUUAGUAAAAAAUUGGAUCGAAGGAAAGUACCCUGUCGGAGUGCAAUGCGGCAAAGAUAUUACAACGUACAUCGAUGCUCUGAAGAAUGAAGAAAUGUGGGCUCUCAAAGUUGAUGAUGCAUCUGGUAGAUUCACUAACGGAUAUUUCUGGGGUAAUUCUUAUUUUACGGGAUCGGCCACCGAAUGCGACUACAUCGGGAAAACCCCAUCACAUCAUACGUAUUCGAAAAAACAUGUAGAAGAUUCAAAAGUUACUACAUUUGAGAAAAAUCAUGAAUUUCAUACAGAGUCACACAAAAAAAUCAAUAUGGGUUUUAGUGGAGCUAAUUCCUGGUCUGAAACAGACUUCGUCGAAACGCCUUUUCAAUUGGGAUUUUACAUGCUAAAACUUUCUAUAAACGUAUCUUAUACACCAACAAAACUGAUUCAUCUCGGCGUUUGCCUUCCAUUCUCAUGCACUGCCUCUGACGUCGCCGUGAUCGGGAAACUCGCCGCGAACGAAUUUGCAGCAAAGCAUUCGACAAUUGAAAAAGUCAGAGAUCAGCACAACUUAUACGACAUGUAUACAGAUCCAGUCUUUUGGGUUUUAUCCGGUGUCAGCGUGGUGGUCCUGAUACUGAUGAUCCUCGGAACUGGGUACGAUUAUUAUCUGACGAAACAGGCAGCUCGCAAGAGAAAUGUAAUCUAUGAUUUGGAGAAACAUGGAAAACUCGAUCGUCUUACUAAUGGCGAUCGGAAGGUCAUAAAUGCUGUUCAAGGUGAGGUCUACCUUCCUGUUCCAGUGGCAGAUUCUAAUAGCAAUGGUGUGCAGUCGAUUAAUAAUAACAACAGUCACGAAAAUGGUUUACAAACGUCUACCAAAGAAGAGCAGCUUAGUAUUUUCGAGGAACUUCUACUUUCUUUCUCCGUUACCGCUAAUGUGAAGAUUAUCUGCGACCGUAACGUAGGCAGAGACACAAUUAGCACCGUGCACGGACUUAGAGCGAUAUCGAUGGCUUGGGUCAUCCUCGGGCAUACGUGCAUUAUCGUCUUUAAGUACUCGGACAACAUGGAAUAUCGUAAAGUGGUGGAGAAGCGAUUCCUCUUCCAGACCAUCACGAACGGGGCCUUCAGCGUCGAUACGUUUUUCUUCAUGGGCGGUUUGCUCGUGAGCUUUCUGUAUUUCAGAACCAAUGCCAAGGGAGACCUGAAGAGACUAACGCAGGGCACGCGAGGCUUCGCCGCAGGCACCCUGAAAUUCAUCGGGCUCCUUUUGUAUCGAUUCUGUAGACUCACCACGCCGUACAUGUUCGUUCUGGGGCUGGUCGAGGUUUCGAUGAAGCAUUUCCACACGAAUUCCGUUUUCGAGCCUCCCACGGCAGAUCACUACAAUUGCCCCAAUUAUUGGUGGAGAAAUUUGCUCUAUAUCAAUACUUGGUUUCCGGUCGAGCAGAUGUGUAUGCUUUGGAGCUGGUAUUUAGCGGACGAUACGCAGUUCUAUAUCGUGGGCGGAGUGAUUUUGGUACUGGCUACGAAUCACUUUAAAAUCGCAGCUUGCGCGUUAGUCAGUCUACUAGUAAGCUCAUGGGUAACCACCGGCUACAUCGCUCUAGUUAAUAAUCACAUGCCGAGCCUGGACGAUCCGUUGGCGCUCUUCGACAAGAUCUACGACAAGCCGUGGACGAGAUUAGGUCCUUAUCUGAUCGGCAUGACGGUCGGUUAUUUCCUCUUUAAGACUGAUUGUAAAGUGAAAAUGUCUAAGACUACCGUCGUCGUGGGAUGGCUCCUGUCUUCCGCGUGUCUCUUGAGUUUGCUUUACGGUCUGUAUGAGGCAGAGCUUACACCUGUUACCGCAGCCGCGUAUUCAUCCUUGAGUCAUAGCGCGUGGGCGCUGGGUUUAGCGUGGAUCGUAAUAGCAUGUAGUACUGGCUACGGCGGCUACGUAAAUAAGAUCCUAUCGUGGCCGCUCCUGUACCCGUUCAGCAGGGUGACUUACUGCUCUUAUCUAGUUCAUCCGCUUGUGAUCCGUCUAACCGCUAUGAACCUAGACUCUCCGUUUCAUCUAGGGAAGGAUAUAAUGAUGAUAACAUUUCUCGGGCAGCUAGUGCUGUCGUACGUAUUGUCGUUUGUAGUGUCAAUCGCCUUCGAAGCGCCGGUGGUCAGUAUGCUGAAGAUUGUUUCACCGAAAAAGCGGAAACGUAUACAAUAGAGAUUGAAGAUUAUAUUUAAUACAUGUCAUACACCCCGUACGUAAUUAUUUAUAUGAUCUUAUAUCUACACAUUAUAUAUAAAUUUCGUUAAAGAUCCACGAGGAACAACGAUAAAAUAUCGCGAACAAUUAUUACAUAUACGCAUGUACUUUUAAUAUCAUUUAUCCGAUUUGUUUGAAAUAUGUAACAGUUGUAGACCUCUCUGUGUAUCGCUAGAUGUAAAAUAAAUUAUUUCCCUUUGUAUAUAAAUUCCAAUAACGUUUCGCUGAAUGAAACGAACUGCUCCGGAAAAAAAGUACUAAAUGUACGUACUUCAAUAAUGUCAGCUUUUGUUUGUACUAAAUGCAAUAACGCUGAACGAAGACUACUCUCUUUAUGAUAAUCAAUAUCUUUUAUUUACACAAAUAAAAAAUAAAUAUUUA